ACAUAUAUCCACCAUUCUCCGUCACAAAAACAAUACCUAACCCGAGGAAACUGUUUUAAGAAAAAAAAAUGACGGAAAAUGGGGCCACGUCAUCGUCACCGCAAACAGCAGGCGGCGGCGGCGAACUGACGAAGGAACUACUUGAGCACCAGCGACCAGAAGAGCACAAAGAAAAGCACUUCCUUUCCAGCGAGAGGGUUCGAGACAUCAUCCUCGGAGUUUCCGACGGGCUCACCGUCCCUUUCGCUCUGGCAGCCGGCUUGUCCGGCGCCGAAUCCACUUCCCGCAUCAUCCUCGUCGCCGGUAUCGCGGAAAUCGUUGCUGGCUCCAUCUCCAUGGGCCUUGGAGGGUACUUGGCGGCCCAGGGCGAGGCGGAUCACUACAUGAGAGAACUCAAACGAGAAGAGAAAGAAAUUAUUGAUGUCCCUGAUUUAGAGGCAGCGGAGUGUGGGGAAAUAUUAGCCCAAUACGGAGUGGAGGCCGAAGAGGCAGAGCCGGUCGUCAGAGCUCUCACAAGGAACCCUCACCAUUGGGUCCGUUUCAUGAUGAAGUUCGAAUUGGGGCUGGAAAAACCGGAGGAGACGAGGGCCAUUCAGAGCGCGGCAACCAUCGCCGCCUCGUACGCCGUCGGCGGCCUAUUCCCGCUGCUGCCCUACAUGGUUAUCUCCUCCGCCACCCACGCCGUCAUCGCCUCCGUCGUCGUAACCCUGGCCGCGCUGCUGCUGUUCGGCUACGUCAAGGCGCACUUCACCGGCGACGACAAGGCACCCAUCAAGUCCGCUCUACAGACCGCCUUCGUCGGAGCCAUGGCCUCCGCCGCUGCUUACGGGAUUGCCAGGCUCAUCCAUUAGCUGCAAGUGAAUGAAAUUAUAUAUAUAUUAUAGUUGAUUGACUAGUACGUACUCGAUUUUAUGUUCGAUCCUAAUAUCAGUCACCACAUUUUAGUAAUUAAGUGUGUUGAAUUUG